UUAACGAAUCAAAACUUCGGUAUUAUAAUCUUUUUAAAUAUUAAUUUUUAAUUAUUUUCAUCAUUUUAAAUCUUGACCCAUUUUUGAAAUAUUAAGUUUAAAAAUAUUACAAUAGCCCUAUCGGAUUUCAAUACCUUUAUGACGUUACGUUAAAACCUAAACAAGUUUUCAUUUUAUUUUGAUUUGGCGGGAAAGACUGCAAGUUGAUAGUUUUUGUUAUUUCGUUUAAAAUCUAUAAUGGACAAGAAAAAACAAUCAAAAGGUCCUCCAGUAAAGAGGUUUAAAUCUAAUGAUGACGACGAUGACGUUGAAUUACCUUGUUCGUUUGAAGACCAACUUGCUGGCAUGGAAUGUGAAUUUGAUUCGCCCCAAGCAUUUGGUGAAGGACCUGAAAAUCAAAAUACAAACAUGAAAUGGUCACGACCUCAACCGCCGGAUCUAGAUCCUAAAGUUAAUAAAUUGGUUUUUCAACAAUUGGACAUAGACCAUUACAAUGGGCAACCAUUGAAAGAUAUGCCUGGAUCUCAAAUAGGUCCUGUACCAAUAAUGAGAUUGUAUGGUGUCACAAUGGAAGGUAAUUCAGUUUGCUGCCAUGUACAUGGUUUUACACCAUACUUUUAUGUCACAGUACCUUUGAAUUUUAAGGAAUCCAAUUGUCAUGAAUUAAAAUCAAACUUAAACAAAGCUAUUCUCGAAGAUCUUCGUUCUAAUAAAGAUAAUAUUAGAGAAACAGUGUUAGAAGUGAAGUUAGUAAAAGCUAAAUCUAUCAUGUAUUACAAAAACGAUGACGAUACAACAUUUGCUCGAGUCUCUGUUGCUCUGCCAAAACUAAUUGCCGCUGCAAAGAGAUUAAUUGAAAGACAGCCAACAUCGUUUGGCCUUAUGAAUCCUUCAUUUUAUGAAACAAACAUUGAUUUUGAUAUUCGAUUUAUGGUCGACACAUCUGUUGUUGGGUGCAGCUGGAUAGAACUCCCUCCAGGUAAAUGGUCUUUAAGAACAAAAGAUAAUUCAGUAAAGCCAGAAUCGAGGUGCCAAAUUGAAGUUGAUGUUGCAUGGAAUCAAUUCAUUUCUCAUCAACCAGAAGGAGAAUGGCUAAAACUUGCACCUUUCCGAAUUUUAAGUUUUGAUAUUGAAUGUGCUGGUAGGAAAGGUGUAUUUCCAGAACCAAAACAUGAUCCUGUUAUUCAAAUUGCUUCAAUGGUCAUAAGACAAGGAGAAAGCGAACCAUAUCUUAGAAAUGUGUUCACUCUAAAUACAUGUGCACCUAUUGUAGGAUCUCAAGUAUUCAGUUUUCAAUCUGAAGCAGAGAUGUUAUCAAAAUGGUCAGAUUUCUUCCGUGAGCUUGAUGCAGAUAUCAUUACAGGAUAUAAUAUAUGUAACUUUGACUGGCCCUAUCUAAUUAACCGGGCCAAACAUCUAAAAGUUGAUUGUUUUGACUUUUUAGGUCGUAUUAAAAAUAUCAGAUCUGUUAUCAAAGACACUAUAUUACAGUCAAAACAAAUGGGUCGAAGAGAAAACAAAAGCAUAAAUUUUGAGGGCAGGGUUCCCUUUGAUUUACUUCUUGUUCUUGUAAGGGAUUAUAAAUUGAGAUCAUAUACUUUAAAUGCAGUUAGUUAUCAUUUUCUUCAAGAACAAAAAGAAGAUGUUCACCAUAGUAUUAUUUCAGACCUACAAAAUGAAAAUGAGCAGACAAGAAGGCGUCUAGCUAUGUACUGUUUAAAGGAUGCUUAUUUACCUCUUAAACUAUUAAAUAAACUUAUGUGUAUUAUAAAUUAUAUAGAAAUGGCCAGGGUCACUGGUGUUCCUUUAUUAUGUUUAUUAACUCGUGGUCAGCAAAUAAAAGUUGUAAGCCAGUUAUUGCGCAAAUCGAAGGGGGCAGGGUAUUUAAUGCCAGCUUACCAUAGUCAAGGUUCCGAAGAUCAAUUUGAGGGGGCUACAGUUAUUGAACCCAAAAAGGGAUAUUAUGCAGAUCCAAUCUCAACAUUGGAUUUUGCAUCUCUAUACCCAAGUAUAAUGAUGGCCCAUAACUUAUGCUAUACUACAUUAGUGCCACCCAACAUUCAGAAAGAAAUUAAUCUGAACUCUGAUGAUGUAACUGUUACACCUUCCAAUAAUAUGUUUGUUAAAGCACACAAACGGAAAGGAUUACUACCUGAAAUUUUAGAAUCCCUACUUGCUGCUCGAAAAAAAGCUAAGGCCGAUUUAAAAGAAGAGAAGGACCCAUUAAAGAGAUCUGUGCUCGAUGGCAGACAAUUAGCUUUAAAAAUAAGUGCAAACUCUGUUUAUGGUUUCACUGGUGCACAAGUUGGCAAAUUACCUUGCUUAGAAAUAUCAGGUAGUGUAACAGCAUAUGGAAGGACUAUGAUAGAAUUUACUAGAGCAGAGGUUGAAAAAAAAUAUACCAAGUCCAACGGAUACAAGGAAGACGCUGUUGUCAUAUAUGGCGACACUGACUCAGUCAUGGUAAAAUUUGGUGUGAAAACUUUAGAAGAAAGUAUGGAGCUUGGUAGAGAAGCAGCUGAAUUUGUAACUUCAAAAUUUGUUAAGCCCAUUAAAUUGGAGUUUGAAAAAGUAUAUUACCCUUACCUUCUUAUUAAUAAAAAAAGGUAUGCAGGACUCUACUUUACUAAACCAGAAAAAUAUGAUAAGAUGGAUUGUAAAGGCAUAGAAACGGUCAGAAGAGAUAACUGCCCCCUAAUUUCGAAUAUGAUGAGUACUUGUCUUCAGAAACUAUUAAUAGAUAGAGAUCCUGAUGGUGCUAUUAAUUAUGCCAAACAAAUGAUAUCCGAUCUUUUGUGUAACCGCAUUGAUAUUUCCCAACUUGUUAUAACUAAGGAACUCACUAAAAAUGAUUAUGCUGCUAAGCAGGCUCAUGUUGAAUUGGCUAAUAAAAUGAAAAAACGAGAUGCUGGUACUGCACCUAAGCUCGGUGACCGAGUUCCAUAUGUUUUAUGUAGUGCUGCAAAAAAUACUCCUGCAUAUAUGAAGGCAGAAGAUCCCAUAUAUGUUUUAGAAAAUAGUGUGCCCAUUGAUUUUAAUUAUUAUUUAGAAAAUCAAUUAUCCAAACCCUUACUCAGAAUUUUUGAACCAAUACUAGGUGAAAAAGCUGAAUCUUUACUACUUAAAGGUGAACAUACAAGGACAAAGGCAAUGGUCACAUCUAAAGUUGGUGCUCUGGCAGCAUUUACUAAAAAAAAAGAAAAAUGUAUUGGCUGUAAAACCGUUAUGCCCAAUGAUACUAAAAAAGCCUUAUGUGAUCACUGUUUAAAAAAUGAAGGACAGCUGUAUAUAACUGAAGUAUUUAAAUUAAGGCAACUGCAAGAAAGAUUCUCACGGCUUUGGACAGAAUGUCAACGAUGUCAAGGGAGUCUUCAUGAAGAAGUAUUGUGCACAAACAGAGACUGCACUAUAUUUUAUAUGAGAAAAAAAGUGGGAAUGGAACUUGACACUCAAGAAAAAACAGUCCUCAGGUUUGGGGAACCUAUUUGGUAAAAAAUGAUGUGUAAAACUUAAUUUUAUUAACAAAAAUAAAUGUAAAAACAUUUGAAAUUAUA